AUGGGACAACUUGGAACCAAUAUUCAAAUAUAUGAACAAAAGUCACCUUCACAUGAUCUUAUCUAUCAUCAGGGAUGGAAUGGUACCUAUGCAAAAUUGUCGACAUCAAACAAGAAUGAUUUGAUUGCGUUUGUUCAUUCUUCAUUUACAAAACCAAAAGAAGUUUAUUUGGCUGAUAAUAUUCAUCAACUUCAAUCAGCACAAGCAAUCACUAGUGACAAUGAAUUAUUUACUCGACGAGAUUUACCAAAAAGUAAAGUAUAUCGAUGGACAAACGGGGAAGAAAAUCGAACGAUUGAAGGAAUUUUACGCUAUCCACCAGGACAAUUUGAGCAAAAACAUUUGCCUUUACUUGUUCUGAUUCAUGGUGGUCUCUACGCGGCCAGCAUCAAUGGAUUUCAAGCUGACUGGGAAAACUGGGGAAUGUUUGCUGCUUCGGAAGGUUGGUUAGUAUUCGAGCCGAAUUAUGGAGGAUCGACAGGAUACGGUAGCCAGUUUAUCCAUGAAGUUCGUUACCAGUUUUUAUCUCGUCCAGCCAGAGAUAUUCUUUCAGGUGUCGAUCAACUUGUCAAAGAUGGUAUUGUCGAUCCGAAUAGGCUGACUGUGGGUGGAUAUAGUUAUGGUGGCUAUCUGACAAAUUGGUUAAUAACGCAAACUACUCGAUUCAAUGCAGCUAUUUCUGGUGCUGGUGCUGUUGAACAUACUUCGGAAUGGGGCACCAUAGAUUUUCCGGUAUUUGAAUACUAUGUACUCGGAGGAGCUCCAUGGGAAGUACCAGAAAAUUAUCAAGGCGAAGCAGCAAUCUAUCAGCUAGACAAAGUACGAACACCCACACACAUUAUUACAGGUGAAAAUGACGUACGAGUUAAUCCUGCACAAAGUUACAUGCUUGAACGCGCACUUUAUUACUUAGGAAUUCCGGUACAAUUAUUAAUUUUUCCGAAUGAAGAUCAUUCGAUCAGCAAUAAUCCUUGGCAUGGAAAGAUUAAAGUACGUGAGGAACUCAAAUGGUUGCAAAAGUAUGGUCAUCAAUCAUUUGAGACAAUUAUGAAAUUAAUUUAA